GCGGAAGAAGAAACCGUGACGGUUUAUCGAGGAUUAAUGGAAACUAGCAUUUUGGCCUAUUUUUCGUUUUUUCUUGCCGAAGCAUGGCAGACCCGGCCCGUGUGAAAGCCGUCGCAAGGGUCAGCGAGGCACCCGCGCCUGCAGAGAGACCCAAGCAGGGCGAGGGGUCCGGGGACGCUCCGGGGAGCAGCGGUAAAGUCUCUGAACCCGCUGCUGUCCAGACCACUACCAAAGAACAGGGCAAAGCGAGGUCUGCUGAAGAUGCUGCUGCUGCAGCAGCUGGUGACGAAGAAGAAGGAUCUUCAUCACUUCAUCCUCCUCCUGCUAAAAAACUGAAAGUGGAGCAUGACAAGAAGAAGGAGAAACGCCAGAAAGUCGAUGAAGAUGAAAUACAGAAGAUGCAAGUCUUAGUAUCCUCAUUCUCUGAAGAGCAGCUGAAUCGCUAUGAGAUGUACAGACGCGCUGCUUUCCCAAAGGCAGCUAUUAAAAGACUGAUUCAGUCCAUCACAGGAUCUUCUGUCUCUCAGAAUGUGGUCAUCGCCAUGUCGGGAAUUGCGAAGGUGUUUGCUGGGGAGAUCGUUGAGGAAGCUCUCGAUGUGUGUGAGAAGUGGGGAGACACGCCACCCCUGCAGCCCAAACACAUGAGAGAAGCUGUCAGGAGAUUGAAGAGCCGAGAGCAAACUCCCAACAGCAAACACAAAAAAAUCCUCUUCCACUGAGCUCCAGUCCCUCUCUUGUGACUCUCCUUCUAUUUGAAAACACUCUCUAUUAGUAUUGUUGUGGGGGCAAUGGACAUAACCAUGCAUCUUUUUCAGAUUUCUGAUGUGUUUGGAAUGCGCUGUUUUUAUCUUCGGUUUGUUUUGUUUGGUAUAAAGUAGAGGAUGUGGUAUAUCUCUUGUUUUGUCCACAGUCUGUCCUCUAGAGCAUGUGACGAAAUUAAAAAAAAAAUGAAUGUUAAGGAAGACUUUUAGGAUGAUAAAUAUUGUACAAUUCCUAGCUGUCACUCAAAAGUAAGUAUGCCAUUGAAAUGUCUGUGGACUCAUUUUUAAAAAUAUUUUGUAAUAUUUGUUUUAUUUUGAGAACUACAUAUAUGUGCAAGUGAUAUUGUGUAUGGAAAUGAUAUAAAAUUGGAAUCUUUGGAGUUAAUAAAUAUUUUGAUGAAA